UCAGUGUAAGCUCUAUGAAACAGUCAUAUCUGAAAAGAUAUGUCUUUACUAAAUUGUGCCUUUUCUGCGAGGGAGGAAGCCUCCCCGCCUAGUCUACCCCCUAAUCCUGCAAACCACUGAAUCUUCCCCUUUCAGAUACAAGGCUCCUUCCCCAUUCCCUCUAGGAGCCUAGUGGGCUCUGCACCAAGUCUACACUGCCUCUCCUUUUUCAGGGGGUGAAAGACUGAGCAUUCCCUUGUGAGGUAAGUGGCCUGUCACUCUGUCCUGCUGUGCAGCUGUGAUUGGCGGGAAGGACAAGUCCUCUGGCCCCGCCCCCGCCUGUCUUUGCCGCGCUCCGCUCGGUGGGGUUUUCGCAAAGGUGGAGAGCGAGACUCUGGCUCUUGGACCUGGUGGAGCAGCAUUCUCAAUUUUGACUGCUGUUGUGCUUCCUCGAUCCCUGCCUGGGCCAGAGCCGAGAAAAGGCGAGUCCUUUUCUGCUGAUAGAACUGUGAGGAACUGUUGCUCAGGACCUCUGCACUCCUGACACGUCGUCACAGUCUCUCGCUUUUCUGUGGCUUCACAGUGAAAUCACUCGCACGUUUGUAGCCGGGUGAAUCCUUCUGCUCCAGUGCUCAGAGGAGGGGUCUAGGAAAACAUCAAGUGUUUGAAAGAGGGAUUCGGAGUACUGCGGGAGCUGUCUGAGGUGCUGAAGCUUCCCAAGCGUUUGCCUCUAGCAGCCCCAGAAGGGGUUAGAUGGCACGUUUUCACUUCUGUCUUUCUGGUCCCCCAUGCCUUGGAUAAGACUGUUUUCAGGAUCGGGAAUAUCUUUCCGUAUCAUGGCCCACGUGAGACACUUUCGGACACUACUUUCUGGAUUUUACUUCUGGGAAGCCGCACUGUUACUGAGUUUGGUGGCCACGAAGGAAACAAACAGUGCACGGUCCCGAAGUGCCCCAAUGUCACCUUCUGAUUUUCUGGACAAACUAAUGGGGAGGACAUCCGGGUAUGAUGCAAGAAUCAGGCCCAACUUCAAAGGUCCUCCAGUUAAUGUCACAUGCAACAUAUUCAUAAACAGCUUUGGCUCCAUCGCAGAGACGACUAUGGAUUACAGAGUAAACAUUUUCCUUCGUCAGAAGUGGAAUGAUCCUCGCCUUGCAUACAGUGAAUACCCUGAUGAUUCAUUAGACCUCGACCCAUCCAUGUUGGACUCCAUAUGGAAACCUGACUUGUUCUUUGCUAAUGAGAAGGGGGCUAACUUCCACGAAGUCACCACCGAUAACAAGCUGCUAAGAAUUUUCAAAAAUGGAAAUGUUCUUUAUUCAAUAAGGCUGACAUUAACACUCUCUUGUCCAAUGGAUCUCAAGAAUUUCCCAAUGGAUGUUCAAACAUGCAUAAUGCAACUCGAAAGCUUUGGGUACACGAUGAAUGAUCUCAUUUUCGAAUGGCAAGAUGAAGCACCAGUACAAGUGGCUGAAGGACUCACUUUGCCUCAAUUUCUGUUGAAAGAAGAAAAAGAUUUGCGAUACUGCACUAAACACUACAAUACAGGAAAGUUUACAUGCAUAGAAGUACGAUUUCAUCUUGAGCGGCAAAUGGGCUACUACUUGAUCCAGAUGUACAUUCCCAGCCUUCUGAUUGUCAUUCUGUCCUGGGUCUCAUUCUGGAUUAACAUGGAUGCAGCUCCGGCUCGGGUAGCGUUGGGUAUCACCACUGUACUUACGAUGACCACGCAGAGUUCUGGAUCCCGGGCUUCUUUACCAAAGGUGUCCUAUGUCAAGGCAAUUGACAUUUGGAUGGCAGUGUGUCUCCUUUUUGUGUUCUCAGCACUUCUGGAGUAUGCAGCCGUGAAUUUUGUAUCAAGGCAACACAAAGAACUGCUGAGGUUUCGGCGAAAGAGGAAAAAUAAAGAUGAUGAGGUGAGGGAGAGUCGGUUCAGCUUCACUGCCUAUGGAAUGGGGCCCUGUCUUCAAGCAAAGGAUGGUGUGGUUCCAAAAGGUCCCAACCAUGCUGUCCAGGUCAUGCCAAAGAGCGCCGAUGAAAUGAGGAAGGUCUUCAUCGACAGGGCUAAGAAGAUCGACACCAUCUCCCGAGCCUGCUUUCCGCUAGCAUUUCUGAUUUUUAACAUUUUCUACUGGGUUAUCUAUAAAAUCCUUAGGCAUGAAGACAUUCAUCAUCAGCAAGAUUAAGUCUAUGAAGGCAUACAAAAACAGAGCAUUGAGAAGAAAGAGUCCCCGCUAAAGGAGCGGGGUGUGUGUGCAUGUGGGGUGCAGGUGAGAGUCAGUGCAUCAGAACAGCAUAUGGGGAAAGAAUUUAUUUUGAUUUCCUAUGUAAAAUAGUGAGACAGUUUGGUUAAAUGAUACAAAAUGUACAUCGUGGGUGUCCUGCUUCAUAAUCCUGACAGGUGAUCUGUUGUCUUCCUAGUGUGAAUAUGUGUUGCAUAUGCUUUACAAGCACAUAGAGUAGACAUGAUAACUACAUUGGGAGGUCUUGAGUUUUAAUUCAAUUAUAGUAAACACUGCGGAAGCAAGAUUUACACAAUAAAAUGUAUAAAGCAAGUAUAGCAAAAUGAUGAGUAUAAUAAAAUGUCUUGAGAUAUACAGCAUAUCGAUGAAGUAACAAGAUCAUUAAAUGUCAAGGUCACUCAUGUCAGAACACUGUCCAUAGAAACAGUGUGGAACCAACAACCACAAUAAAAACAAAAUCGGAUGGUCAAAAUGAAAGCCAUCAUUUAGAACACUAUGGCUUAAGCAAUCAUGUUUAUAAAAUUCUACUUAUCUUUACAUCUCUAGGAAUGAGGAGGAAGAUGUUGAAGACAGUUUUUUCUUGUAAAUAAGUGUUGCCUUUAUUUUAAUUAGUGCUAAACACUAAUGACUAAGCCAAUACAUUUGUUUUCCUUAAAUUAAGUAGGGGCUUGUUUGUAUGUAUGGUGUUUUUAAUGUAACUAAAUAAGAUCCAAUAAGACUUUUCUAUCUAGUGUAGAAUGAGACUUUAAAUAUUAAUUAUACUAAAGCACUUACAUUUUGAUAAAAAACAAAUACAAAUAGAUUCAUAAAAGAUUUUUAAUAAGAAUCAUUUCUCUCACUGAAGUUUCAUCUCAUCAGUGUAAUCUAUCAUCCCAAAAUGCCUCCAAAUAACAGGAGAAUGGGUUUUAAUUCUAAGUGAUUUAAACAUAUUAGCUCCAUCGAGUGAGAUUAUUUUAAUCUUUAUGAGCUAAUGCAUUCAGAGUAGUAGGGACUCGUGAGUUGUAAAGAAUUUAAAAGCAACUCUGCUUGAAAGUUGUUCAUGACCCAUGCAACAUUUCAGCUGUAUUGAAGUUUUGUUAGCUCAGUCACACAGCAGCUACCAAUCUCUGAUUCUUUUACUGUUUUUCUUAAUUAUUGUUGUCAUUAAUAUUAUACUUUAAAACCUUUGGAGUGACUUUAAGAUACUUUAAUUAUUGGCUAGUCUAUAAAAUUAUAUACAGUGAAAAUAUCAAGAAUUUUAAAACAACUCAGAUAUGUUAUAGAAAAAUCAAGUUUUUGAACCCAAUGGUACUAUUUUUUUGACCUUCAACAACUCCGAAAACUCAAAGCAGAAACUGCCAUUUAAAGCCAAAAAGAAGCUUUUCAAUAUCUCUGUAGUUUUAUUAGCCAACCAUAGAUUUUAAAACUAACUUUUUAAAAAGUAAUCCAUGCUGAUCAGUGUUUGCUAAUAAAAAGUAAAAAUAUCACUUUUAUAAGUAGUUUACACAAGAUAAGAACAUUGUGGUUGUGAUUUUAUGCAAAGUCUACAAGGAAAAUAAUUUGAUACCAAGCGUUCCCUCUGCUUGAAAACUAUCCACUUGAAAAUCAGAUAUACAUGUUAUCCUUUCCUGUUUAUGAGUGAAAACCAUAGAAAUAUAUUCAUGUAAUAUAUAUCAGAGCAAGAUAUGUUACUUAGGCUGAGAGUUAGCCAGAGCGUUUGAAGUAAUGAUGAAUUAACCCCUUCCAUGUAUGCUAGCACACAUUUUUCUAUUCUUAAUGUAUCUUACUUCAUAAGUUUUCUAACAUCACUUAAAAUGAGUAAACCCUGCCAAAAGCAAAGAGAAAUAUAAUAAUCACAAACACAUAUAUGCCCCAGAGGUGUGAUCAUCACUCCCCAAGUGUGAUGAGCUUUCAUAUUUGAGGUUGCUAGAUGUCAUUUUUCUUUUUUUUUAAAUCUCUGAAGUAGAAAAAUAAUGUAUCAGUCAUGAGAAAAUUUGUCAAGAAUGACAUUCAUUCUACAGAAAUAUUGCUAUCUCAAAAGUAUAUUUCCUUAUUUUUUCUUAUGAAUAAUUCUGCUUUCUAUUAUGUUUAUUCUGUAUGCCAACACACACACACACACACACACACACACACACACACACAACCCACUAAAAACAACUUUCUCUUACAAGGCAGCCAUUACAAAGCAAACAGGGAUGAAUUAAAGGAGCUUAAAAAUUUGUCCCCUUUAAUAAACUAAUUAAUGCAAUAUUACCGAACCUUUAAAAUUAUAGUAACAACAACAUCCUGUGGUAUUAGUAUCAAAAUCCUAUAUCAAAUGAAGAUUUUGAUCCAUAGUACUGAGAAUUGGAACCAGAGUUUGUUACAUGUGAGGGAAGAGAUUAUUGCUAAACCAUAGCCCGAGUCCCAAACUAGAAUUAAAACUAGAGCAAUAGCAAUGAGAAGAAAUAAUUCAAAUAUUUACCUAACCACAACUCAUUUAAGCUGAGCUCCAGUGCAAACGUUCUGAGGUAUUCUAAAUUAGCCAUACUGCAACUAUGGGGAGUGGGGCGCAGGGUGUGGAGUGGAGCACAUGCAUGACAUUUAUUUCACUUAAUUUUAAAAUCUAUUCAUUUUAACAUGAAAUAUUUGGUUCCCCAGGACACACAUUUUUAGGUAAUUCAUUAUCUUAUUAGUAUAGAUGUGUAUAAUUUUCUUUUUCUUCCCUAAUCACUACAAGACCUAGAACUUUCUUUAUGACUUACAGGAGUUAUCAGAACUACUUUAGACAUGAAACAGAGUUUUAAGCCAUCCUUUUUCUCUCCAGAAUUUCUUCCAUUACAUUUAUCCAAAGAUCUAAUCAGCUCUCAGCUCUGCUACACAGAGUAUCAUGGACAGUUACCAUAUUUCACAAUACAUUCUUCUAUGCAUAAAUUCUAAUAAAUUUAAUUUUUAACUUUGAACUAUAAGCACAUACCUAUUAUAUAAUUGCAUGCAUUGAUUUUGUGAAUGUCCUGUAUCUAUAUAAGAUACUGGAAGUUAUCAAGAAAAUUAUGAAAAAUAAAUCAUAUAUUUAAAAGAAGAUAAUGAGCUCUUAACUACACUAAUAUUUUUGUAAAUGAACACACUAUUUGAAUAUAGUCAGGUGAAUCUUUCAUAUUGUUUCAAAAAAUUACAUUCAUCUCAUUUUGUGAAAAUAGUUUUCUAUUCUCAGCAUGAUAUAUUUUAAUCUGCUAGUUACUUGGAAGAAUGGUGUAUCAUAUUGGCAAGUAAAUUUCCUUUUAUUAUAAUGUGUACCACAUGAAGUUGACUUGUGAGAAGAUGACAGGUAACAAGCUAAAAUAGGAAAUAUAUUUUAGUAUUAAAUAUUGGAAAAUGGAAGCAAAACGAUCCAAUCCCCUCUGAAAUAGAUUUUAUAUUAUCAUAUACUGUUUAAUAUUAGCAGCAUAUAUUCUUUUAUUUUUCAGCCAAAUUGGUCAGUAUUCAUUGAAACUGAACAGGUCAAAACUAUGAGAGUAGACAUUAUCCUUGACAUAUUAGGAACACAUUAGAAUGGUUUCCAACCUUGAAGCAAUUUAAUUUGACAAUCAGUCCAAGCCAAUUAUAAUCAAUGAAAACUGAAACCUAUAAACAUAGGAAGUGUCUUAUCUCUGUGAGCAGAUUAUUAUAUUAGUGAUUGAAAUUGUAAGACUUUCUUAAAUAAUACCUACCAACCAAGCACAACUAUAAUACUUGCAUUCCUGGCCUGCUAAUUUGUAUUCAUUUUCAGCAAGAUGAGCCGGAUUGUGUUGCCUAUGAUUGACUUUAAGGACACUGUAAAGUCGAAAUAAAUGGCUGACUUUUGUGCCUUUUGGGAAAGAAUUUAGUGAUCAAACUGCACAAUAUUUUAAAUAUCAAAUUUCAAGUCCUAUAAAACUGGACCGAAGAAUUGUCUAACCUGUGCCAAUAGGUCUAAAGAACUUACCAGAGGCAAUCUUUUUCAAAUAAUUUUAACAAGAAUACCUUAGCUGAAUUUAUGUGAAUAAAUAGACAGUGGAAACAAAACAUGAAACUUCUAUUCAAGAUUUACAUGAUCUCAUAAUGCCUCCAGAACUCAUUACUGCAUUUUCUUUGGGGGAUUAGAGUCCUAGACAUAAUACUACAUAGUAACCACAGGGAGGUGGUUUAAUGGGGAGAGUGCUUUCUUGGUAUUUGAAAGACCCUAGGUUCCAUGCAAACAAUACUAACAAUAAUAAGACUUAGACAGACUCCUAGCUCCCAUCUAGAGACUGAAGUCAGCAGUCUCUUCCUUUGCAGCAUAAUUUGCAUAAGAAAAGGUUAACUGUCAUCCAAAACCAUUUACUUCCUAAAAAGGAAACUCCACUCUGUCUUGACCAAAGCCCACUCUGCAUUUCCUAAUACCUGCUGCCAUUGUUUUUGUCCGACUCAAUAUCCAUAUUAUUCAUUUUAUUUAUUUAAGAAAUUCAUUGCAGCACUUUGUCAAAUCAUAAGAUAUAUUCAGGUUUGCAAAAUAGUGAAAUAUAAAAUUGUAUAUUUAGUAAAAGUUAUUGGUUUUUAUGAAGUUCUAUGUCAUUAUUUUCAGUAACUUUAAAUUCUGUCCUAUAACUUAGUACUUAUUUUAAAUUAAAUAUUUAGUCAAUGUAUUUCAGAUAUAAAUAUAUAGAAAGUCUUAGAAUGAUAGAAAAUGUAAAACAAACUAUGAAAUAAACACCGAUGCUUUUAUUUAGAUUAAAGGUAUAAUUCAAAUAUAUUGACCUGAUUAAGUUUAUUUUAAUACUUUAUUUUUCUGUGAAGUGCAUGAGCAAAAAUUAUCUUCAUAGACAAAGCAUUUUUACACAGUCUCUAGCCAAGCUUGUUAAUGGUCUUGAGGAAUAGGAACUCUGAAUUAAAUGCCAAAAAAGGAUUAUGAUGUAAAACUGUACUUGACCUUGUUUGAAUAAUUUUGCAUUUCUUUACUGUUUCAUCUUUAUGAAUUAUGCAGAAGCUGCUCUGUAAGUUCACGUUUUAGUGUAUGAUGAGUGAUAAAACUUUGAAACCAUGGAGUGAAGCAUCUUGACAUUUUAUCAGCAUUGUGGUACACAAAAUCUAAAGAAACAAUGUCAUAUACUCUUCCAUGGAUUCCUUUUACAUGUUGUGUAAUGACUUCAUUUACUAAUGAGAAAAGAUGUUCUAAAAGGCUAUUCCUCAUUUUAUGAUACUAGUUAUUUUCUGCACAUUGAAAGUACAUCUUCCUGAGGACGGUAUUUGAGUCUCCCUUUCUGUCUAGAUGGAUGCCACAGUUUUUCACGACAUUGUGAUUUGGAGGUAUGAAGAUGUUUUGCAUGGCUUUACCAACUUGUUUUUGUUAUAUGACCUAUAGUAUAAUUUUGAAGCUAACAAAAUCUCUAAUGAAUCAUUAACCUGUGAACAGUAUAUUGUCUUCCUCGUGGAACUGCAGAUAAUUUGAUCAGAAAUAUAAUAAAAAUUAAUGUUUUUCAAGAC